AUGAGUAUAAUAAAUAUAGCACUUUUUGGAAUACUUGGAGCUACUCUGUUAUAUUAUGUGUAUGUAUACCAAUACACUGAUUCAAUUCCUUUUGAAUUAUAAACAAUUUAAGAAAAGGAAUUGGAAGCAAGAUAGAAAGUGAGUGGGAAUAAAAACUAUUAAAUUCCUAAUUUCUUUUUUGUUACUCCUUGGUAUAUUUUUAAACUAUGAAUAGGAAUAAGGAUGGAUAUAGACUCACAAUCAAAUAUGCAUAAAAAAUAGAUAUGGUCAGUCCAGCUUGGUUUAGUAUUAGAUAUAAUAAUGUUGUGGAUGGAAAGUAAAUUGUAAACGAAUAAUGGAUUCAAGAAAUAGUUUAAGCUAAUCCUUAAAUUGCUAUAAUUCCAAGAAUUUAAAUUGAAUUGCAGGAAAGCUCAUAUUUAUAACAAAUCAAUAAUCCAUAAUUAUUAGAAGCAAUACUCAAUUUAGUAUAACAAUAUUCUAAUAAAUUUCAUGGAAUAAUGAUUGACACUCCUUAUAUAUCAUAUAUUGAUGCUUUUGACGCUUAAGAUAUAGUUAAAUUCCUUCAAAAUUUAAAAGCAAAACUUGGCCAUAAAAUGUUAGUUCUAACAUUAUAUGGUAUAUACAAUCCGUAAUAGUACAGAUAUUCAACUUUAAAGAAACUAUUUAAAGUAGCAGAUUACACAUUAAUAUAAACAUAUGAUUAUUAGAUUUAAGAUGGAGAUGAUCAAUUAUUAUCACCUUAUUCGUGGGUUUAAGAAAAUUUAGAACAUUUUAUGACAUACAAAGAAAAAUUGUUGUUUGUAAAUUAUUGAGUAAAAAUAUUUAGGGAAUUCCUUUUUAUGGAUUCAAAAAAACAGAUCAAGAUAAAACUCAUUUUAUAGGUAAUGAACUUUUGAAAUUGAAUGCGUAAAAUUUUAUAACAGAAUGGGACAGAUCUAAUUCUGAAUGUAUAUACAAAAGUGACAGUAUUUCUAUUUCUUAUCCUUGUCCUGAUUUUCUUGUUUAUAGACUUGAUUUAAUCAAAGAAUUUGGAAGAGGUUACUUUGUUUGGGAAGGAGGAUAAGGUAUUGAACUUUUUUAUCAACUAUUAUGA